AUGCUGCGCCACGUGCUGUGCGUGUUGGCCCUCGCGCUGUGCUGCUGCACAUCUCUGUGCGUGGCAACAGGUAGUACACCUGAGAAGACGCAUGAAUUGAAACUUACUAAUGGCGCCGCGACGAUAACCCUGACGGAAAGGUUUGAGACCGGCAACUGUACACCACCGACCACCCCGAAUACUCGCAAGACCAGCGAAGUUACCAUUUCCACUACGGUUGCUUUGAAGAAGGGCACCUUAGAAGAAGCGAAAGAAAUUACGAAUGAACUGUCCAAUGCAGUUAAAGUUCUCGAUGGGUACAACUUAACACUGAAAACCUCACUUGAGGUUAAAUGUACGAAGAACGGUGAAGUUAGUUCCGGCACUGCUGAAAAACGCUGCCCUUUAGGGGAAACUGAAGCAGCUGACAGCGAUACCAUCACUUAUGUUGUUUCUGUGAAGCCCACUACUUCUGUCCAGACUACUGUAAAUAUUCCGGAGACACAAAACCAUGAAGUGAAGGUCCGAGCUGGGUACGAUGUGAAGAUCGUCGAGAACGUCGUGGCUACUUGCGCCCCGCCAACUCCUGCCGAAAAGCCUCCCACGCAUUCCCGGAGUGUACCACCCGGCGGACACCAAGAUGCAUCGUCUGCGAAAACAAAAGUUGGGGAUAUCUCUCACACACUUGAGCAUUCGUCAGUUAAGGAUCAAACCCCCAAACAACAGUCAGACAAACUGGCACUUGAGGAAGAAACUCCAUCUGGGAAAUCAAGCACACCAUUGUCUAAAUCCACAACCGUCAGCGCAAAUCCAGAUGAUAAAGCUACUGAUGGAGGAAAGGGCAGCGCUGCCAGCAACGACGCCCCCACUCCAACCUCCAGCGAGGCAGAGAGCACAGAAACAGACAACUCCGUCACAGUGAAUGGCGCCGAUCACACUGCCUCCACAGCCACAUCUCAAUCAGAGACCACCAACGAAGGGGCUUCCAAUACUGAUGCCGGUACUCCCACCUCUGCGGGAGAGGGCGUGAAGCCUCCUGGCGGCAACACCGACGCAAGCAGCAGCAGCACUGCGUGGGUGCGUGUGCCACUGAUACUGCUGCUGUUUGCCUGCGUGGCCGUGUGGUAA